AUGGACCAGGCUCACCCAUUGAGCAGUCCAAUGGUUGUGAGGUCCCUUGGAGUGGACACUGACCCAUUCGGUCCUAAGAAGGACGAUGAGGACGUCCUGGGUCCUAAAGUGCCUUACCUCAGUGCCAUAGGAGCGUUAAUGUAUUUGGCUAGCCACACUAGACCAGAUAUAUGUUUUGCCGUCAACCUCCUAGCUCGUUUUAGUUCAUGUCCGACCCAAAGGCACUGGAACGGAAUUAAACAUAUCUUACGUUACCUUCAAGGAACUAAGGAUUUGGGUUUAUUUUAUACAAAUGAAACCAAAGAUGGUUUAGUAGGCUUUGCUGAUGCAGGCUACUUAUCUGAUCCACACCGUGCUCGGUCCCAAACCGGCUAUGUGUUCACUCAUGGUGGUACUGCAAUAUCAUGGCGUUCCAUGAAACAAACUAUAGCAGCCACUUCAUCUAAUCACUCAGAAAUCUUAGCCAUGCAUGAGGCAAGUCGUGAGUGUGUAUGGUUGAGGUCCAUGACCCAACACAUCCGAGCAGAUAGUGGUAUGGUCGAGGACAAUGGUCCGACCAUCAUAUAUGAGGACAAUGCAGCCUGCAUUGCUCAACUCAAAGAUGGGUAUAUCAAAGGUGACCGGACCAAACAUAUUUUACCCAAGUUCUUCUUCACCCAUGAGUUGCAGAAAGCCAAGGAGGUCAAUGUCGUCCAAAUCCGGUCUAGUGAGAACUCAGCCGACCUCUUCACCAAGUCACUUCCCACCAGCACAUUCAAGAAGCUCACGAAGCAGAUUGGCUUGCGUAGACUCAAGGACCUUCAGUGAUGUCCAAAUCAGGGGGAGUAAUGUGUGUUUUACUCUUUUUCCUUAACUAUGGUUUUGUCCCAAUGGGUUUUCCUAGUAAGGUUUUAAUGAGGCAACGUUAGCACAUUACAAGCCGAUAUGGUUAUGGCAUCCAAGGGGGAGUGUUAUAAACCAUAGUAUGGUUUGUGUGGAUUGCCUAUAACCAAGACCAAGGAGGUUUACAUCCGACCCGUCUAUUCGAUCCGUCUACAUUCCGCCCGAGACUUGUCAAGAUGAAGACCCAUUCAACCUAAGCAUCUAUGAGCUUUGACCAAGUCUUGAUAUUGUAUUGAAUGUAGUCAAAAUGUAUUCAUUGUGUAGAUUCUCCAUUGAUGUAAAACCUUAUGUGACAACCACUAUAUAUAAGUGGCAAGAGCUAAUG